CCCCGCCCCCUAGUAGCAGGUGUCUGCACAGAGCAGGAAGUAAGGGUGACUGUCGUGCCUGACUGCCAAUUUCACAGACUUGUGAUCGCCUAUCAACGACACUCUCCCAUCCCCGCUCGUCUUCCAACCACCAGGCCGCCUGCACCUUUUCAUUAGGCACAUUCUCUGGUAGUUUAUAGGACACCCUUUAACCCCUUAAUCUCGCCUGUUGAUUUCCCCUUCCAUCACUAUGUCCCCAAAGGCUUGUCUUUAAGGGACUAAAACAUUCUCCAGGAAUCUGCCUCUCAUCCCAGAGCAGCGGAAAGACUAAGAAGCCCACCUGGAUCUCAAGAAUCCCAAAAAUGGACCUCAGCUACUUGGACCGGCUUCAGGACUCCAUCCCCCCGGAGGGGUGCAGCCAAGAUGCCGCCAGCCAUGAAGUCGAGCUGAACUUUUCCGACCUGUUUGACUAUGAUACUGUUUAUCCAGAUGCCGCAGAAGAAGACACGAAUCCUUCACAUAAAACCAUCAGCCCACCACCCGGAGUUGCGUAUUCUCAUGGCGAAUUAUUCAUCAAGUCAUACAGUAACCUGCCAUACCAUAGGGAUGCCAUGGGCACUUAUGAACAGACAGAUAGCGUAGGGUCAAAAUACUUCUUGGACCCUCUGAGGGCUGGUGGGGCUUCAGCUUUGAGUCCAAGGAUUGAGAUCACUCCAUCUCAUGAACUCAUUCAAUCAGGUGGUCGCAGCAGAGAAUCAGAUAUAUUUGUAGAGUUCCACACAAACUCAGACGCUACUAGUCCAAGGGUUACAUUGCCUGUCCCUGUGUUUGAGGGCUACAGAGAACCGCUUUGCUUGAGCCCUGUUAGCAGUAAUUCUUCCACCAGCUUCAUUUCAGAGACCAAUUUCUCUCCUUACACAUCACCAUGUGUCUCACCCAAUGGGCCUAGUGAUGACUUGUGUCCACAAUUUCAAAACAUCCAUACUCAUUAUUCUCCUAGAGCUUCUCCAAUAAUGUCACCACGAGAAAGAAUGACAGAGGACACCUUCCUGGGACCACAUUCUCCAUCACCUCGCCCCAGAUCACGGUCACCGUCCCCAGGCUCAAAAAGAAGGUCCCCUUCUCCACAGCCUUCACCACAGGUCCAUUUACGGGACGAUAGCUCAAGCCUGGGUUUUUCUCACUCUUCCUCUUCAACACUUAUGGAUGCCAUGAAUAGUCUUGCUGCAGAUCAUUCAUGUGGUGUGCCUCCGAAAAUAUGGAAAUCUAGUCCGGAACCCUCUCCACUGUCUUCCCAUAAGAACCUGCCCUGCCACAUUUAUCAGCCUGCGGAAUAUUUCAGCCCUUAUGAAAAGGAGGAGAGACCAAAUGCGGAUUCCGGAUCAAUCCUACUGAUGCCGCCUUCGUGGCCGAAGCAGCUGGUUCCCGCCAUGCCCUACUACAGUAUUCCCGUCACCUCACUUCCUCCUCUUGAGUGGCCCUUGUCCAAUCAGGUGGGGAUUUACGAACUACAAAUAGAAGUGCAGCCUAAGUCCCAUCAUCGUGCACACUACGAGACGGAGGGGAGUCGUGGAGCUGUAAAGUCACCUAAUGGGGGUCAUCCAGUGGUUCAGCUUAAUGGCUAUAUGGAAAAUAAGCCUUUGGCCCUUCAAAUCUUCAUUGGGACAGCAGAUGAUCGGAUUUUAAAGCCUCAUGCGUUCUAUCAAGUGCACCGCAUCACUGGAAAGACCGUGACCACCACCAGCUACGAGAAAAUUAUUGGCAACAGCAAAGUGCUGGAGAUGCCUCUGGAACCCAAGAACAAUAUGAGGGCAAUAACUGACUGUGCAGGGAUCCUGAAAUUAAAGAAUGCAGACAUCGAGCUGAGGAAAGGAGAGACUGACAUUGGGCGGAAGAACACAAGGGUGCGUUUAGUUUUCCGAGUCCACAUUCCAGAGGCAAAUGGUCGGAUUGUGUCCCUGCAAGUGGCUUCCAACCCUAUUGAAUGCUCCCAAAGAUCUGCUCAUGAGCUCCCCAUGGUGGAGAGGCAGGAUAUUCACAGUUGCCUGGUGUACGGUGGGCAACAGAUGAUUCUCAGUGGCCAGAACUUCACAGCCGAGUCCAAAGUUGUAUUCACAGAGAAGACUUCAGAUGGCCAACAGAUUUGGGAGAUGGAGGCUACAGUAGAUAAAGACAAGAGCCAACCGAGCAUGCUCUUCGUGGAAGUGCCAGAGUAUCGCAGCAAGCACAUCACCUCUCCUGUCAAAGUGAAUUUCUACGUCAUCAAUGGGAAAAGAAAACGUAGCCAGGCUCAGCACUUCACCUAUCACCCAGUGCCAUCUAUCAAAACAGAGCCACUUGAUGAGUACAAUCCCUCCAUUGUUGGAAACCACAUACACAGCGGCCUAGGGACAGUUUCACAGGGCUACUUUUCCCAGCAUUCUAUGGAUAACGAUGCACCUUCUUGUCUGGUGGCCAAUUUGGUGUCAUAUCAACAGGCAAGAGUAAGUCUUCCAUCCCCAGAAUCCCGGUAUCAUCAACAGAAUCCCUCGACUGUUAUGUACCAAAGAAGCAAAAGCUUGAGUCCAAGUCAACUAGGCUAUCAUCAACCACCACUAAUGGCCUCACAGAUUGCAAUGCCAGAUGCCAUUCCUGAUGCCCACAGAUCUGUUCUUGUCCAUGCUGGUUCUCCUGUCCAAUCUGUGCUCCACUCUUCUGCCAAUCCACAGCCAUCUCCUGUAAUUCACUAUUCUCCAACCAACCAUCAGGUGAGGCGUAGAAGUCACCAGGACUUCCAGCACAUAAUGUGCUCUGAUCAUUUCGCAACAAGUCCUACAAGAACCAGUCAGCCGCAGGUCAGCCAAGCACAGAGAAUGAGCCCAAAUCCCUUUCAGAGUGUGAUCCAGCAACAGUCGAACAGCCCAAGAGCUUCAAAGAAUGGUCCUCCGGUUCCAGAUGAAAAAGAGAUCGGCCCAGGUGAAGUGACGGUGAAACAGGAACAGAAUUUGGACCAGGCUUACCUAGAUGAUGAGCUGAUAGAUACAAACCUUAGCUGGAUACAAAACAUAAUAUGAGGCAGAGGGACAGUGAUCUAAGAUGCAAGAAAUGACAGUCCAAGUAAAUGAAAUAAUCAGGAAGGAGUUUUCGGACUUCCCUGGCAGGAAUCAAACCUAGAAGGACUUCAGCACCUUUCACUGAACGUUUCCUCUGUGACCUUUCUGGUUUCGUCGCUCGCCCCCCAACCACCUUCUGUUUCCUCUCUGGCUCUUACCACGACAAGAAACAAUAAAGUGGCGCGCAACUCGCUUUGGCGAAAUAUAGCAGCUCAGCACGUUGCUUCUGUACAUAUCAAAGGGACUAUCUCGUAAGACUAAUUGUUCUCUUAUAAUAAACACAUAAUGAGGGCGGAGAUAAGUAAAGAUAGCUAAUUAUGGAACCAUCAUCUAUCAACCAUCUUAUAAUAAUCACAUAACCAGGGUGGAGAUAAAUAAAGGUAGUUAUUUAUGGAACCAUCAUCUAUCAACCUAUGUAAAUGGGGAGAGGGGGAUCUGAAACAUCUACGGUUAUAACCAAUUGUAAAAGUCAAAUCAUAGGAAGUCAACGAUGUAACACAGGAUGCAGGCUCCAUAACGUGUAACUUUUAGUGAUGGGCGAAUACGUUCGGCUGGCGCGAAUUUGCGUCGAAUUUCCGUGUUUCUCCGCUGGCGAAUAAAUUCCCGAAUCUCCCGGUGUCGAUUUCUGAUUUCUGAUUUGGUGAAAACGUUCAAAUUGCUCGAUUUUUUUUUUAGUG